UUAGCGCUUAAUGUGUUUUGAGAUAAUUUAAAAUGAAAUGCCAACGCAUAAUUAUAUGUACAAAUAUUUCUCAGUUAAGCGAAAAGCGAUUAGUUUUAAAUUCAUUAUUAAACUGCGAGAUGUUGAUGUACAAACUACUCUGGAGUUGCAUGGGAUUUGUUAUGUGCACGGCUCAUGUGACUUUUACGAAUUUGAAGUGCACCUUUUUGAAUGAGAGCUUGGGUGAGUUCAAAAUUUGUCGCAUUAGAGCCGUCAAUCGCACACACAAAUAUAUUUCGAUUUAUUCAAAACCCAAAAUCAUACUUGAUGAUAUAACUGGUAAUAUGAAAAUAAUGCGCUAUGAUUAUGGAUAUAAGCCUUUCUUUAUUGACAUAACAAUUGAUGUUUGCAAGUAUCUGAAGAAUCCACAGAAUGUCAUUGUCACGACAUUCUACAACACAUUUAAGAAAAUGUCCAAUAUAAAUCAUACUUGCCCCUAUAAGCAUGAUGUUAUUGUUGAUAAAGUGUGGACUGGAAAUCUCGAAAAUGAUUUCAGCAGAUAUUUACCCAUACCAAAUGGCGAUUAUGCAAUCUAUUGCACUUUUAAUGUUUCUAAUGUUGAACUCGUCAAAAUAUUUAUUUAUGUACGAAAAAGUUGAGUUGCAUUUAUCAAUUCAAUACUAACUCACAAAUCUAAUAUUAAUGACAAAAUAUAUUAAAUUCAUUUUAUAAUUAAAGAACUUUAAGUUUAUUUUUGUGCAAUUAACAAGUUAACU